CAACUUACUAUGAAUAUGUGUAUUUGGAUGUUCAAGUGAUGUUUGCUCACUGGAAGUAGAGAGAAGACAACACAAGAGAGUAAUGCAACAUUUUGGCUUUACUUGAUAGGAAAUGCCUUCGUUUGGGAACUGUAUUUACCACACAUGGGACAAUGGAUUGCGUCUGAAAAAAAGGACAUUUACGUUUUUAAAAAAAAUAUAUAUUCAGUAUAUACACACGAGGGAAUAGGACACAGGUUGUGAUCAGCAUGUUUUGUGCUAAACUCAAAGAACUCAAAAUUACCGGAGAAUGUCCAUUCUCCAUGCUUGUGGAAAAUAAGGACCCUGGUGAUUUUGAGGAAUGUAAUGGUAUAAAUCAACAAGAUGUCAAUUUACCAAUUUCAAAAGAGGUGUGCGGAGCGGUGCCUGGGAUACGACCACAGCGCAAAACAAGCCAGAGCAAAGUUAAUCUGCAUACACUUGGAGAAAGCAUUCGCAAAUUAGUGUGUCCCGAGUUUCAGAGGUUGCAUAUUGCCUUUCAAAGAGUACUUAGACAGCAUAAAACUGAAGCAACAUGUCCUGAUACUGUUUAUGUAGAUGUUUGUCAGGAUGCUUGCAGGAACCUUGGGAAUACAGAGACAUUCAUAGAAAUAAUAAAUACUUACUCUGAAAAAUCAGGAAUACCAAUGGAUGCUAUCAAACUUUUACUUGGUGAAGAACUGUUUAAAAUAUGCUACGAGGAAGAUCAACACAUUUUAGAUGUGGUCGGGGGAACUCUUAACGACUUCUUAAACAGUUUCAAUGUCCUGCUUAAACAAAGUACAGGUACUUCACAAAAUGCAGACUGUAAUGAAAAAGAAGCUUCAAUACUUUGUUUGGAGAAAGACCCAGGACUUCUAACUGUGUACUACUUCCAUCCUAAUAAAACAACAGGGUUAUUCUUCUCAGGUAUCCUUAAGGCAGCAGCCUGUAUACUGUACCAGACUGAUGUUGAAGUUUCUUUGGAUCAAACAAGCUUCAAAGAGCGCCUCCAUGAGUUUUACCAGCAGCCCUAUUUGCUGUAUUCUGUUUUGAUUAAGAGCACCAGGAGCUUUGCUCCUAGUCCAUUAAAGACACACUCUUCAGUUGAAAUCCCCAUGUCUCUGUUUUGCCAGACUUUUCCGUUUCAUGUCUUGUUUGAUCAGGAAAUGACUUUACUUCAGAUUGGAGACGGUCUGAGAAGGCGCUUGAAUCGAAAAGAUGUUCAAAGAAGGCCUACGUUUGAGGAAUAUUUUGUCAUUGUGUCCCCAGGAAUCAGAAGUACCUUCCAAGAGAUCCUGACCAUGUUAAAUACACAUUUCAUUUUAAGGAUAAAGCAAGGAAACAAUAACACUGACAGUACUCCUCAGCUCAUGGAUCUGAAGGGUCAGAUGAUCUACGUUUCUGAGUCCAACACCAUUUUGUUCCUGGGAUCCCCUCGUGUCGACAAACUAGAAGACCUGACUGGUCGAGGAUUGUACCUCUCAGACAUACCAAUUCACAAUGCACUUCGGGAUGUGGUUUUGGUGGGUGAACAAGCCAAGGCACAGGACGGGCUGAAGAAAAGGUUGGGAAAAGCUAAGGCAGCUCUGGAACAGGCCCACCAGGCUCUGGAAGAGGAGAAGAAAAAGACAGUCGAUCUUUUAUUCACGAUAUUCCCAGGCGUGGUUGCCCAGCAGCUAUGGCAGGGGGAACAUGUUCAAGCCAAGAAGUUUGACAAUGUCACAAUGCUUUUCUCGGACAUCGUAGGCUUCACUGCCGUCUGUGCCAAGUGUACACCCAUGCAGGUGGUCACCAUGCUGAACGAGCUCUACACUCGCUUUGACUACUAUUGUGGAGAGCUGGAUAUCUACAAGGUGGAGACAAUUGGGGAUGCAUAUUGUGUGGCUGGUGGCUUACACAAGGAGAGCCAGACUCAUGCUGUUCAGAUAGCGUUGAUGGCUUUGAAAGUGAUGGAGCUAUCAGAUGAAGUAAUGACCCCUGAAGGAGAGCCUAUCAAGAUGCGAAUAGGUCUUCAUUCUGGCUCCGUUCUUGCUGGAGUUGUCGGGGUUAAAAUGCCUCGCUACUGUCUCUUUGGAAACAAUGUAACACUGGCCAAUAAAUUUGAGUCUUGCAGUGUUCCAAGAAAAAUCAAUGUUAGUCCAACAACCUACAGGCUUUUAAAAGACCACCAAGGGUUCCUUUUUACACCAAGAACAAGACAGGACCUCCCAUCAAAUUUCCCCAGUGACAUUCCUGGUAUCUGUUACUUCUUAGAGGCAUUUGACCAAUCUUCUAGAGCCAACUCUGGAUCUGAAAGCGGACACCACAGAUUCAGCGAUACAAACUUUAUGAGAACAGCUGAAACCAGCUCUAAGGACUGAAUGUACCCAACAAUAACUGGGUUUUAAAUUAUUGAUUCUAAUAAAGCAUAAAAAAAUCUAAAUUUGUAACGUAGCAGAGGCAUAUUUGACCACUUUAAUAUUCCAUUCACCCGUGUUAUAAAAUAGAAACUAUGGAAUAUUUUGUAUUGUUUUAUUGUAUUUUCCCCAGUGUAAAGACAUAUUUUGUUUAGUUUUAUUUUAUAUUGCACAACAUAUUUUACUCAAUUUAUAUCUUCACUAUAGAAGUAGGCCAAUGGAAAGAAAUGUUUUCCAGAAUGAUUUGGUUCAUAUCAUUGUUUUUGACAAUCCAAUGUUAACAGUAUUAAAAAUGUUUGUCAAUGGUACAU